UAAAUCCAGCUCUGUGCCUCAUCACCUUCCCUUGCACUCCUCUUGCGUGGUUCUCACCCCCUUCCUUAUCUACCAUGGCCUCCGCGGCCUCUCCCUCUCUUUCUACCGCACAGGCCCAGGGGACCCCAUCGUCGCUGCCUUCGGCGCCGAGCUCUCUCACGGAUUCCCUUCCAAUCGGCGCUGGUGCUUCCUUCUCCUCCGAGGAGAACCAGAAGCAGAAAGAGAACAAGCCCUCGCUCGCCGGAGACGCCGUCGAGGAUGAGGACUUCGAGACCGCCUCCGACACCGACGAGGUGCGCUCGGAUUCGUCCCUGGGCACGGAAAAAGGAGCGCCUUUGACGAGCAACGAGGGCGAGGCGUUCGAGGAAGGGUUCGGGGGUGAACGAGAUGGGGAUGGAUCCUCCGGCGCCGCUAGAGUUCUUGGUUCGGAUCAAAAUUCUAGCUUGGUGGAUAAAGGCGUGGCUUUGGAUGGAGACGGGGGCGAGCAAUUGCAGAAGACUCGGGUUUCUGAGGCCAGGGAAGGUGGAAUUCAGUCCGAGAUCGUGAAAGAGGUUUCUGGUGAAAACUCUAAUCCGGAGGAGGGUUCUGGAGACGGAAUUUUGGGUGUGGAGGAGAAUUCAAUCAGGGAUGAAGACGUUGCAGCUGAAUCCACUGUGGAUGGAAUCGAGGAGAACGGAUUUCAUGUUACCCAAGAUGAAAGAGAUAACUUGAUAGCUUCUAUCAAGGAAGUAGUGGACUCAAAGUCUGCGGAGGCGGAGCCUGAUGCUGCUGAGGUUGAGAAAGAUGGAGCGGUCGAUAGUGCCGGUAUGAACGAAAAAUCGAAGCACAAAGCAGCCGAACCGGAUGCUCUCAAGGAGGUAAAAGCUGGCACUGUUGGUAGUAUUGAUCCUGAUCAGAAUCUUCAAUCGGUAAGUGUAGCUCCUACUAAACCCGUAGAGAAUGAGUCAUCUGAAUCCAAUGUUAGUGUUGGUGGGGAAGAGAAGACUGAGAAUUUCAUUGGGGGCUCUGUUGCUGUGAAUUCAAAGAUAGCUAAUUGUUUUGUAGAGAUUCUUGAUGAUGGGCAUGGUAGUGAUGCUAUUUCUGCUGUUGGAGAGAUUAGGAAAGGUGAGGUCUUGGAUGAAAGCUCUGAACUUGUGGAGUCCAAGGUAGCUGAGGACUCUGAUGCUAAGCUCAAUGAUGAGAAUGAUGUUGGGCUUAUUGAUAGAAAUUCUUAUCUGAACCAGCAAACUGGAGAGGAGAAGGCGAUUGCUGAAAUAAAACAAGCUGCAAAUAAUCUGGAGUCAAAGCCCAAUGAGCUUGGGGCAGAGUUGACUACAGAUGGUGGUGAUUCUGUAUCAUCUCAGCUGGUGAAAUCAUUGCCUAUCCUUGCUGAGGGUUCUAUAAGCAGGGAGGCAGAUGGACAAAUCUUGAAAGCUUUAGGUGUGGUGGCAGAUGGGAAUGACCAUAAAAUAACUGGUGAAAGUAUAUUGCCAAGUUCUGUUUUGGACGAAGAAUUGAAACCUAGUAUUGAUGGAUCUCAAGCAGCGGAUGACAAUGAAGACAUGGAACAGAAUGAAGCCGAGGAAGAAGAGGAAGGCAUGGUUUCUGAUGGACCUGCAAGGGUUGCACUCCUGGAAAGCUCCGAAACUGCCAAACAAAUCAUAAAAGAGUUGGAGGAAGGUUCUUCAAGCAAUAAUGCCCGCUCUGGUUUUGGCACUUCAAGGAAUUAUCCAGGUAACAUUGAUGGGCCAGUUGCUUCGGAUUCUGAUGAGGUGGAUAGUGAUGAGGAGGGUGAUGGGAAGGAAAUUUUCGACUCUGCUGCCUUAGCUGCACUUAGUAAAGCAGCUACUGGUUCUUCACCAGAUGGGAGCAUCACUAUUACUUCUCAAGAUGGUGGUAGGAUCUUCUCCGUUAGCAGACCAGCAGGUUUGGGGCCCUCGGCUGCAUCUCUCAGACCUGCUCCUCCCCGCUCUUCUGGACCAAAUCUUUCCAAUCCUUCUGAACUGGCAGUAGCACCAGAGCCUGACAAUGUCAUAACUGAAGAAGAGAAGAAGUUGCAUGAGAGGGUUGAGCUGAUAAAGGUGAAAUUCCUCCGCCUCGUGCAGAGGCUGGGACAUUCUCCAGAGGACACGGUGGCUGCCCAAGUGCUUUACCGUCUAAACCUUGCUGAGGGUAUCAAACAUGGAAGGCAAACCAAUCGAGCCUUUAGCUUUGAGAAUGCAAGAAAGAAGGCCUCGCAGCUUGAAGCUGAGGGAAAGGAGGGUCUGGACUUCUCUUGUAACAUUCUGGUCCUCGGGAAGACUGGAGUUGGCAAGAGUGCAACCAUAAAUUCUAUAUUUGGUGAAAAAAAAUCCCAAACCAAUGCGUUUGAGCCAGCAACAUCUUUUGUCAAGGAGAUUGUUGGAAUUGUUGAUGGGGUUAAAAUUCGUGUUAUAGACACUCCCGGUCUCAGAGCUUCUGUCAUGGACCAGUCAUCAAACAGGAGGAUCCUUUCAUCCUUAAAAAAGUAUACAAAGAAAUGUCCACCUGAUAUUGUUUUAUAUGUAGACCGUGUGGAUGCCCAAACACGAGAUCUUAAUGAUUUGCCCUUGUUGAGAACCAUUACUAGUACUUUUGGCUCGUCCAUAUGGUUUAAUGCCAUCGUUGCUCUCACACAUGCAGCUUCUGCUCCACCAGAAGGGCCCAACGGUUCUCCCUUGAGCUACGAGGUGUUCAUAGCUCAGAGGUCGCAUGUUGUUCAGCAGUCCAUCCGGCAAGCAGCAGGGGAUAUGCGUCUAAUGAAUCCAGUGGCCCUUGUCGAGAACCACCCAUCUUGUAGAACUAACAGGGAUGGGCAAAGGGUGCUACCCAAUGGCGUAAGUUGGAGAUCUCAGAUGCUGCUGCUGUGUUACUCUUCAAAGAUACUCUCUGAAGCUAAUUCUCUUUUGAAGCUUCAAGAUCCUUCUCCAGGAAAGCUAUUUGGAUUUCGGUUUCGUUCACCACCACUUCCCUACUUGUUAUCUUCGCUCUUGCAGUCUAGAGCACACCCAAAGCUACCCACUGAUCUGGGUGGUGAGAACGGAGAUUCUGAUAUUGACUUGAAUGACUUGUCAGAUGCUGAUCAUGAUGAAGAAGAAGAUGAAUAUGAUCAGCUUCCACCCUUUAAACCUCUGAGGAAAUCUCAGAUUGCAAAGCUCACUAAGGAACAAAAGAGGGCCUAUUUUGACGAGUAUGAUUACCGAGUCAAGCUUCUGCAAAAGAAACAGUGGAAGGAGGAGCUUAGAAGAUUAAAGGAAUUGAAGAAGAGAGGGAAGGGUGGUCAGGAUGCUUUUGGUUAUGGUGAUUUGCCUGAAGAUUAUGAUCAGGAUAAUGUUCCUGCAGCUGUGCCGGUCCCGUUACCUGAUAUGGUAUUGCCACCUUCAUUUGACUGUGAUAGUCCUACUUACCGAUACCGCUUCUUGGAGCCAACAUCACAACUUUUGGCUAGACCUGUUUUGGAUACACAUGGUUGGGAUCAUGACUCUGGCUAUGAUGGUGUCAGCCUUGAAGAGAGCCUUGCACUUACUGGCAAAUUUCCUGCUGCAAUAUCUGUUCAAGUUACCAAGGAUAAGAAGGAAUUUAGCAUCCAUUUGGAUUCCUCAAUUUCAGCCAAGCAUGGGGAGAAUGGUUCCACACUUGCUGGCUUUGACAUCCAGACUGUUGGGAAGCAGCUUGCUUACGUCCUUCGUGGUGAGACCAAAUUCAGGAACUUGAAGAAGAAUAAGACUGCUGCAGGAAUGUCUGUUACUUUCUUGGGGGAAACUGUAGCAACUGGAGUGAAGAUUGAGGAUCAUCUUUCUCUUGGGAAGAGGGUGAGUCUUGUUGCAAGCACUGGUGGUAUUCGGGCACAAGGUGAACCAGCAUACGGAGCCAAUUUGGAGGCACACCUCCGGGAUAAGGAUCAUCCAAUCGGCCAAGCACUUUCGACCUUGGGAUUAUCCCUGAUGAGAUGGCGCGGUGACUUGGCUUUGGGAGCAAACUUGCAGUCUCAGUUCUCCGUUGGAAGGAAUUCAAAGAUGGCGGUUCGUGUUGGGUUGAACAACAAGCUGAGCGGGCAGAUCACAGUCAGGACAAGCACCUCAGAACAGCUUCAGAUUGCUCUAGUUGGUAUUCUUCCAAUUGCUGUUUCGAUCUUCAGGAGUUUGCAGCCCGGUGAGUCUUACGCUUAUUAGUUAGGUCAGGAGAAUAAAACUAUUUUAGUCUUUUCCUGAGGAUAACUUCAGAGAUGGCUUUUCCAGUAUAUCCUGGAUGGUUAUGUAUUUCAAUAUUGCACUUCUACAUUUUUUUUAUUGAUAGAUUUUAAGGAUGAAGAAACUCAACUGUAGACUUCAGUUGGAAAUGGAGCAGUGACAGUGUUAUGGGUUCUGGUUCAUAGUUGUGCAAUUAUUUGUAUUUUCUUGUUGAAGAUGAAGCCUUUCAUGCUAGUAUGCUUAUAUGA